AUGCUGCGCACCUUCACCAACGCAGCCCUCGAGCACUCACGGAGUCUCGAUUUGGACAGCGACAGCGAAACCGAGCACACCGACGAUGAGCAUUCGCGGCCCCUCAGCUUCUGUCGGAGGAUUGGCAUCUGCAUCGGAUACCUUCUGCCAACAUGGGGGCAUCUUAGCUUGGCGAAUGUGGGUCGCUCGUGGGCGGCCGGCGCUCUUGCGCUGUGGCACUGCUUUUUGAUCUUGGCGGCUUCUUGCUUAAUCUUCUGCAACUGUGCCUCCGUCGUUCUCCGGAGCUAUAUCAUCUGGUACACAAAGUUGGACACCGCCACCGCCACGUCUCCGGAAGGGCGCUUCCACUUGAUGACGCUCUUCUAUGGCGCUUUCUUUAGGUCGUAUAUCAUGCAAAGCGCGACAACGGACGUCCUUCGAUUCGCCUUUAUUCUUUGCAAAGAUGCAUGGCGGCCGGACGUCUUCGAGGCCUACCGUCGUCUACUAGUUGGGGACGCCUGGGGCGAGCUAGAGGCGGGGGAGUUCUACAUCUGCUCCUGGUCAAGGCUCACGAAGCACCAAACCUGGCUGGACAUCUUUUUCCAGAUGCUUCUGCAUGUCUCCCUCGACCUGAUACCCUUGAUCUACUUCGUCCGCGCUCAGCGAAGUGGCACCCAUUCUGAGUGGACAUACUGGGCAGAGGUCUGCCUCCUGACCGGAAUUAUCCACGUCUUCGUCUUCUACUUCUUGUGGUGGAUGGGCGAAGUUUCGCUGAAGGUCAAGUACUUCUGCCGCGCUUGGCGGCAAGCCAGGGCCUUCACUGGAUUGCGGCACGGCCGCUCGAGCGCCAUGCACAUGACCCACAGCAUAUGGGUCCUGCACGACGAAACCCAGUUUGACAGCCAAGAGCAGGAGCACAGAAGUAUUUGUGUCACCACGUGCACUCUCUUCCAUUGGGGAGAAUAUCUUUUUCCGAUGAUGAUUUGCAUUUUUGCUUUUGUCUUUGGCCUGAUGGAUGGCCGAACCACGUUGGCGAUGAUAGGUGGAUGCUCAGCGCUGAUGAGCUGGAUAGUGAUGGUAGUCUCCAGUUUCGCUGACCGGAUCCAGCCUCUCAAUCCGCCACGGUGGUUCGCUAAUGCCUUCAACCAUCCAGAUAUUCUUCAGCGAUGGGGUGAGAAGUGGUGCAGGCUCAACCACAGCGCGCAGAAGCGGCAGCGCCAUCCCUUCGCCAUCACCUUGAUAGUGGUGGGGGCAGUUUUCGGAGCGGCCCGCUUGAAGUGGCUCACUCUUUCCUGCCUGGCGAUUUUAUUUCUUCUGUUCCUGCGCCUGCUGUCCAUGUACUUCGAGGGAGCCUGGGGCUGGGCAACAGCCUUCCUAGAAGCGAUCUUCGAAGGCGUAAUUCUUCAGUGGCUUGUAAUUCAGACAGCCGAUCGUCCACUUCUCGACUCUUUUCUGAUUCUGCUUCUGUGUGCAAUGCGGCAGUUUGGCUUUCAGCGAGAAGUUCGGGCCGGAGAUCGUAUUCGUGUCGUUUCCUUCAUGGCCCUGGGUGUAAACCAUUUGGUGAUCAUUUUCAUCGUCUGCUGGGCCUUCGUAACUUUGUUCCAGUCCGAUGAGUGGAGCUCGUUCUGUCCGAACAUUCCAGACUGCAAAUACCAGACCAUCCCUCCUCGCCCUGGACUGGAGUCUUACACGCCUCUGUGUAACAUGGAGUUCCCAACGAAAGUGGGCAAAUAUUUGAAGUUUGCUGACUUCGGUCUCUUUGCUUCCCUGACCUACGAGCCUCGCUCUCGUGUUGAGGCGGCCCUCCACCACUAUUUCCCCAAGUGGCAUCUGGACGAGGUUUUCUGGCGGAUUGAGCGUACGAGGCCCCAUGGGGACUGGUCCCGCUUCCUCAUGUUUACAUCCGAGGACAAUGGAACAACGGUCAUCGCAGUCCGAGGGACCCUGGAUGCUGUUGACGUCCUACAAGACUUCUCGCUGUGGAUGCUCCCAGCAAUUCUCCAGACGAUUGGCCUGGUCGGCCCAGACAUUGGGGCAGACUGUUGGGGAGUCGCCAUGGCCAGGCAUUCCAAUGAGUUUCCGCUGUGCUCUGUCAACCUGCAGAGAACGUACGCCUCGCUCUUGCAAGUUGUUACGGACAUGCUGGCCACGUACCCAAAUAGGACCUUUUACCUCACGGGACACUCCCUUGGCGGCGGGGUCGCGAAGCUGGUGGACCUGGAGCUCACUGUGAGACGCCUGGCUAAGCGUCCGACGACCAUCGCAUUCUCUGCUCCAGGUCUGCUGCUGGCAUCGCAAGUGCUCUAUUCCGGCCAUGUCAGCUCGCUGCAAGAGUUUGGCAGCGCGCUCUCCAGCAUCUCAAUCAAGCCAAGUGGCGACAUCGUUUCGUCGGUGGACAUUGAGCUGGGCAGCCGGAUAGCAGCCCCUUGCACUGGCUUCGCAUUGCAGUGCCACAGCAUCUACAGCACACUAUGGCACAUUUUCAGCCUGUGCGGCUCUGCUGCCACGUCAGAGAAUGUUUCGAUACCCUGCAGCUGGCCCACCUUCGACUUCAGUUCCCGAAUGGAAUGGGAAAGGACCAUCGAGACUUAUGUGACCAAGCGGAGCGAGUCAAUCUGUGGCAGAAGCGACUAUUGA